CUGGAGAUCUAUUCGGCCACCGAUUCUCAAGACUAUCGUCUAAUCGCUCGACAAUACGAUUGCCGGCCAUUCGACGCCCUGUCCCUCAAGAAUGUCUGCUUUCGACUCAAUUCGACAUUAAGUGCAUUGAAGUCGACAUCGAGUUCGUCGACAAUUCAACGCCGAGACAACUGUCCGCCAGAGAAACGGGACACGACUCGACUCCAGACCGUAAAGUGUUUUAAGAAUUGCUUUCAAUUGAAUGCCAUUAAAAUCAAAAUCUUAAGAACAGCCAACUCUUCGGUUCCUUGUCUUAGUUAUCUAAACAUCUGGUGUCAACCAAUAGGACAAACGGAUCCGCAGAUCUUAAGACAAAUUGUUGACAUUAUAUCGAAACAAAACGCGAAGAACUCUUCAAAAAGAUUCAAUUUUUACAACUCUGGCGAAGAAUCAAAUGACGAGACUAUAAAUGAAAGUCACUUGAAUUCAAAGCGAAAGUUUGAUUCAAUUGAUAGCCAGAAACCGGAGGACGAGUUCCCGAUUCCCGACGAAUUCAUCGAUUCG